AUGUCAAAUUCCAACAGAACCAACUUCAUCAACCCCUCCACCUUCAUCCUACUUGGCAUUCCUGGCCUAGAGGUAGCCCAUAUCUGGAUGUCCAUUCCCUUCUGUGUUAUGUACACCAUAGCUUUGUUGGGGAACUUCACUAUCCUGUUCAUCGUGAAGAGGGAGCCAAGCCUCCACGGGCCGAUGUUCUAUUUCCUCUGCAUGCUGGCCAUCACUGACCUGGUCAUGUCCACAUCCACUGUACCCAAAAUGCUGAGCAUCUUCUGGUUCAAUUCCAGGGAGAUCAGUUUCAGUGCCUGCCUCACCCAGAUGUACUUCAUUCACUCCUUCUCAGGGAUGGAGUCUGGAAUACUUGUAGCCAUGGCUUUUGAUCGCUACGUGGCCAUCUGUAAUCCUCUGAGAUAUUCCACAAUCCUGACAAACUCUGUUGUGGCCAAGAUAGGCCUGGCUGUGGUGCUGCGCAGUGGCAUACUCACAUUACCCUAUCCCUUCCUGGCGAGCCGAUGGCCAUAUUGCAGAACCAACAUCAUUCCCCACUGCUAUUGUCGACAUAUAGCUGUGGUGAAGCUGGCCUGCGCUGACAUCCACAUCAGCAGUUACUAUGGCCUGUUUAAUCUUUUCCUUGAGAUUGGAAUGGAUGUGUUUUUUAUUGCCGUGUCCUAUACUCUAAUCCUCCGGACCAUCUUCCGCCUCCCCACAAAGAAUGCCCGUCUGAAAACUUUUGGGACCUGCAUCUCUCAUCUUUGUGCAAUCUCAGCUUUGUACAUCCCAGAUUUCUUCUCAUCUCUCACACAGUGGGUUGGCCUCUAUGUGCAUUUGCGCGUUCUCAUUGCCACUCUGUACAUGUUGGUGCCCCCCAUGCUCCACCCCAUCAUUUAUGGGGUGAGGACCAAACGGAUCCGGGACAGGCUGCUCCAGCUAUUUACUCAUAAAGAGACAUAA